AAAAAAAAUUAUAUGCUGUAAAAUAUAUAGUAAUUCUUUAAGCGUUGAACUGGCCACCAUAUUUUAGCCCUUUUUUUUAUAUUGAGAUUUUUUAAAAGUUUUCGAGAACGGACUUUCCCGUAGUGGUGUCUAGGAAUAGACAACUGCUUCACUUUUUGCACAGUGGCAAGGGCAAAGUUUUCUUCUGCUUUGAAGGUCAAGCAUGUGAUCUGCAAUCACUGAGUUCUUCUAGAGGAGCCUAAUGUGUUUUUCUGCUCAUCUUUUUCAACUGGGUCUGAGUUAUUUAUUUAAUCUAAUUUUUCUGUAUUUUGUUGAAAAGAUUUGGCCUUGUAAUGGAAGAGAUAUUGUGGAAUCUUUGAAGCUAUAUGGGUUGUCUUUAUUUGCUAUUUUAGCUGAUGUUUAGAACUGGGUUUGAGCUAUUUUGUUAUACUUUGACGUUUUUUGACUAGAACUUAGCUCUUGGAGUGGAAGAGAUAUUUUGUUUUCUUUUGCUCUAUUUGGGUUUUCUACAGAAUGGCUGAAAAGUACUUUUCUGUUUUUUUUUUCCUACAUUUGACUAAUUUCUGAAAUGAUUUGAGUAAUUUUAGGUGAUUCUUGGGGCUGGAGGAAAUAAUACUGGAAGUGAAGGGUUAUUUGGUAAAGGUUUUUCCAGGUGGAGGGAGGUGGGCUAGGAUUUUGGGUUUUGUAAAACAUGGGAUUAGGUGGUGAUGCAUUGAAGAAGGAGUCUUGGGAUGUGGGGAAAUCAAAGGGGAGAAAGAAGAAAGAUGGUGACUCUGAGGAGGAGACCGGGUGUUGGAUUAAAUUGAGGUUUAUUGGCAGCUGUAUGUCAUCAAGAUCUAAAGUUGAUAGCUCCAUUAGUAGCAUCAGCACUCACUGUGAAAGCAAAACUAUGAAUGAUACAAGCAGAGACCAACCAGUUGCCCCCAUAAUCUCUUCCUCCACAACGAGCAAUUCGGAAAGCAAUUCUUCCAGCUCCAAACACGAAGAGGAACUUCAAAUUUCUUCUCGGCUUCGAAAAUUUGCUUUUAAUGAUCUUAAGUUGGCAACAAGAAAUUUUAGACCAGAAUCACUUCUUGGUGAAGGAGGUUUCGGUUGUGUAUUUAAGGGGUGGAUUGAAGAGAAUGGAACAGCACCAGUGAAACCUGGGACAGGACUUACUGUUGCUGUGAAAAUCCUCAAUCACGACGGGCUUCAAGGUCACAAAGAAUGGCUGGCUGAAGUAAAUUUCCUUGGUGACCUCAUUCAUCCUAAUUUGGUUAAACUAAUAGGAUCCUGUAUUGAAGAUGAUCAAAGGCUGCUUGUGUAUGAGUUCAUGCCUAGAGGAAGCUUGGAGAACCACUUAUUCAGGAGGUCUCUGCCUCUACCAUGGUCUAUUAGGAUGAAAAUUGCUUUAGGUGCUGCAAAGGGUCUUGCUUUUCUUCAUGAGGAAGCAGAGCGGCCAGUGAUAUAUCGUGAUUUUAAGACAUCUAAUAUUCUGUUAGAUUCUGAAUAUAACUCCAAACUUUCUGAUUUUGGACUUGCUAAAGAUGCUCCGGAUGAAGGAAAGACUCAUGUUUCCACCCGUGUGAUGGGAACGUAUGGUUAUGCGGCCCCAGAAUAUGUCAUGACAGGGCAUCUUACAUCAAAGAGUGAUGUCUACAGCUUUGGUGUUGUUUUGCUCGAAAUACUCAGUGGAAGAAGAUCAAUGGACAAAAAUCGGCCUAAUGGAGAACAUAACCUUGUAGAAUGGGCUCGGCCUCAUCUGGGUGAGAGGAGACGGUUUUAUCGUCUAAUAGACCCUAGACUUGAAGGUCAUUUUUCUAUAAAAGGGGCCCAAAAAGCUGCACAGUUGGUCGCACACUGUCUUAACAGGGAUGCCAAAGCAAGGCCUUUAAUGAGUGAAGUUGUCGAAGCUUUAAAGCCUCUGCCAAAUCUCAAGGAUAUGGCCAGCUCGUCAUACUAUUUCCAGUCGAUGCAAGCUGAUCGUGUGGGAUCGAGCCCAAAUGCUAGAAAUGGCCUUAGAACGCAGGGCUCAUUCUCGAGAAAUGGUCAGCUUCAUCCAAGAAGUCUCUCGUUCCAUAAUGGUUCUCAUGCUUCUCCAUAUCACAAUAAGUUUGUCCAAUCACCAAAACCAAAUGGUAAAGCAUAGAAUGGAUCAGCGAUUAUGGUGCUUCUUUUCAUAGUGGUCAGACUAUUUUUUUUUCUUUUACCCGUAUAUACCAUCGGUCCAUUAUCCUUGGAUAACUUCAAAAGGAACAGGAGAGUGCAUUAUUAUCUUGUCACUGUAAAAAGUUGAACUCCCACUGGGGAAGAUUGUAAUGUCAACAGGAGCUGAAUCUGGUGGAGUAAAUCUUUUACCCUCUCUCUCUGUUUAGUGCAAGUGACAUUAGCAAACAUGAAGCCCACGUAAUUUCAAAGACGCCUAUAAACAGACGAUUCUUUGAGGUAAGGUGCCCCGGGAAUGAUUCUUUCUUGCUGCCCGCAUAUUUAUGUUAUGUUUGGUCAUGCUUAAAAGUA